AUGAAGUGCAUCGUUCAAGCGUUACUAGUGUUCAUCUUAUUAGCAUAUGAUAGUCUUGAUGCUCAUCCAACACUCUAUCCUCAUAUUCGUAUGACACGAACAAAAGGUAUUCGUGAACGUGCCUUACCCAAUCCUCCUCCUGGCAUUAUUAGCUAUCACAUACAUGUUACAUAUACACUAUUUAAUCCACCAGUUGUUAAAGAAGCUUUAGCACUUCGUGACCGUACGCGUGCACAGUUUCAAAACUAUCUCGGUCCAGACUGCAAAGGAAGAUACGAUUAUGGGUAUUUAUGUAUGAUCAAUGAUCAUGAUAUUCAAAAUACAACACUUAUUGGCGGACCAUUUGUCAGUGGUGAAUGGUCGAUCUUUGUGCCACUGGGUUAUUAUCCGCUGAUCACUCCAUGGUUAGUACAAAACCGAGGAAAUCUUUCCGUUCUGUUACAUCCCAAUACAGGAUAUGAAUAUGAGGAUCACAGUAUUUGGGCAAUGUGGGCUGGUCAACCUUGGCCAUUAGAUAUGUCUAUAUUCGAGCAAGAAACGCAAACCAACGAAUUCGGACAUCAUCCUGGAGAUUCAGACAAUCCUGUAUGUCUUCUCAAAGGUGCUGUAUGUGGCGACGAUCAAUUUAGUCCAUUGGCACUAUGCUGUUAUGAACUUGCAUGCAAAAGUGCAGAAAUAAUUGCCAAUGGUGCUUCGAAUUUUACAAUUCACCGAUGCGCUUAA